GAGAAACUGGUUCCUAGGCCAAUGAAAAACGAAUAAUUUAAUAAAAAAAAAUAGAUUUGCAAAACCUUAACAAGUUGCCGCUGCCAGCGUUACCUCUCUCUCUCUCUCUCUCUCUCUCUCUCUCUCUCUUUCUUUUCUGUGCUUCAGUUUCUCUUGGGAGGUUUAGAGGCAAAGCAAAGUUGAAAUGGCGGCGAGCAUCGGAAUCAUGGACAGUGCAUACUUCGUCGGGAGAAACGAGAUUCUGACUUGGAUCAACGAUCGCCUUCACCUCAAUCUCUCUCGCGUCGAAGAGGCUGCUUCUGGUGCUGUGCAAUGUCAGAUGCUUGAUAUGACCUUUCCAGGAGUUGUGCCAAUGCACAAGGUUAAUUUUGAUGCCAAGAACGAAUACGAUAUGAUUCAAAACUACAAGGUCCUGCAAGAUGUGUUCAACAAGCUCCAAAUCACAAAGCCAUUGGAGAUUAACAGGCUUGUCAAAGGCAGACCACUCGAUAACUUGGAGUUUCUGCAAUGGUUGAAACGUUUCUGCGAUUCCACUAACGGUGGCAUUAUGAACGAGAACUAUAAUCCGGUGGAACGAAGAUCAAAAGGUGGCAGAGAGAGGAGUGUAAAGGGCUCUAAUAAGAUGCCAAAGUCACUGCAAACAAACAAUACUCCACCAAAUUCCAGUUCGGUUGGUCUAACCAAAGCCUCAGGGCCCAAGCCAGCAAAUACAGCUCAAGUGCAGGCUUUGUCGAAGGAGCUUACUGAUCUCAAGCUCUCUUACGAUCACUUGGGAAAAGAAAGAGACUUUUACUUCUCCAAGCUCAGGGAUGUUGAGUUACUUUGCCAAACUCCUGAACUCGAGGAUCUUCCGAUAGUGGUAGCAGUGAAGAAGAUAUUGUAUGCAACAGAUGCAAACGAAUCUGCACUAGAAGACGCUCAAGAGUACUUAAACCAGUCCUUGGGUGUGAAAGCUGAAGUUGAAGAAAACGGAGAACAAGAAGAUUACUAAUAAUCCUAAGUAGAAACAUUUCCGAAUCAGUUUUUUUUUUUUCUUUUCUUCUGGAGUGUGGAACAAUGGCUGGCCAUGGGCCUUCUCUUCAAAGUUUUCCUUUGUUUAAAGGGAACAUGCAGAAACUUGAAGAUGAAUGAGCUUCUGUUAGAACUAUUGAGACUUGGUUUUAGUUUGAGAACAUCUGAGACUUGGUUUCGUUA